AGGGGUGGGAUUGAAACCUUGAAUUGAAAACCAUCUACUAUUGGUUGGGAACGGCCAAAAGAACAGAAGGUGGCUUCUUGUUCAUCACAAACUGAGAAAUGAAGAGUGUGAAUUCUUUGCUGAAAAGGUGCAGUCUUUACAGUUUCUCACGGUGGACAAGGAGCCUCUGCUCUCUUCCUAUCAAUGCUUCCGCUGACGAUCUUCAGAAUCAGAUACUGGUUGAGGGUAAAGGCAGUUCCCGAACGGCAAUUCUCAACAGACCCUCUGUUCUUAAUGCUCUUAGUACUAACAUGGGUGCUAGGUUGCAUAAAUUGUAUUCGUCUUGGGAGCAAGAUCCUCAUAUUGGUUUUGUGGUGAUGAAGGGCAGUGGCAGAGCAUUUUGUGCUGGUGGAGAUAUUGUUUCCCUUUACCAUUUGAUAAAUGAAGGGAAGGUAGAAGAGUGCAAGGAAUUUUUUAGGACGUUAUAUAGUUUUAUCUAUCACCUUGGAACAUAUUUGAAGCCACAUGUGGCUCUCUUAAAUGGCAUUACCAUGGGUGGAGGUGCUGGAGUUUCAAUACCUGGGACAUUUCGAGUUGCAACUGGUAGAACUGUAUUUGCAACCCCCGAAAGUCAGAUUGGAUUCCAUCCUGAUGCUGGUGCAUCUUUCCACCUCUCACAUCUACCUGGUCACUUAGGAGAAUACUUAGCCUUGACUGGAGAAAAACUCAGUGCAGCUGAAAUGUUUGCCUGUGGGCUUGCUACCCACUAUUCUCAGACUGAAAGUCUUCCAUUGAUUGAAGAACAUCUUGGGAAAUUAAUCACUGAUGAUCCUUCUGUCAUUGAAACUUGUUUGGAAAAAUAUAGUGACAUUGCUUAUCCUGAGGAGAUUAGUGCACUCCGCAGGAUUGAAACACUAGAUAGAUGUUUUAAGCAUGACACAGUUGAAGAAAUUAUUGAUUCCUUGGAAUCUGAGGCAUCUGCAACAAAUGAUGCAUGGUGCAAUUCCACGCUAAAAAGGCUUAGAGAAGCCUCCCCAUUGAGUUUGAAGGUUUCCCUGAAAUCUAUACGAGAAGGCAGAUUUCAAACCUUUGACCAGUGCCUAAUUCGUGAGUAUAGAAUGUCCCUGCAAGGGAUAUCUAAGCAAGUCUCAAGUGACUUUUGUGAGGGGGUACGAGCACGUAUGGUGGAUAAGGACCUUGCACCAAAGUGGGAUCCUCCAAGGUUGGAGCAAGUGUCCCAAGACAUGGUGGAUCAAUAUUUCUCACCCCUAAGCGAAUCUGAACCUGAUCUAGAGCUGCCUACAAAACUGCGAGAAGCAUUUAACUAGUCAUAGUGCAUUUUCAGAUGUUGAGACUUGGGCUAGUAAUCUUAUUCCUGGUCUACGGUUUGAAUAGAAAAUAAUACUUAUUUGAAUCAAAAUAUGCGGUAAAUAAUUAAGCACUCUCAACAAAAAGCUUUAGUUCCAUUAAUUUGAGAACAAGUUCUUUAUCAUUGAACAUUGUUCUUGAGAAACCGUGAGAGUAUACUUUAUGGCGGUUUCGUUCUUGUUUUUCAAAAAAUAAUUUAUCAAUACAAGACUAAAAGUAAA